AAAUAAAAUUAAAAAAAACAUCAAAAAUCUCAGGUGGCGCUUCUUCUCCGUGAACUCGUUCACUGUUGUUCCACAUUGCAUUCCAUGCUUCGAUAAUCUCGUGGAUUUUUGCUAAUUUCUUCGAUUCCGAACGACCAUGCCGAAAAAUAAAGGAAAGGGAGGAAAAAAUAGACGAAGAGGAAAGAAUGAAAAUGAAACGGAGAAAAGAGAAUUAGUAUUUAAGGAGGAUGGACAAGAAUACGCCCAGGUGGUGAAAAUGCUUGGUAAUGGUAGAUUAGAAGCAAUGUGUUUUGAUGGAACAAAGCGAUUAUGUCAUAUCAGAGGGAAGCUGAGAAAAAAGGUCUGGAUUAACCAGGGAGACAUCAUUCUCGUUGGUUUGAGAGAUUAUCAGGAUGCUAAAGCUGAUGUCAUUUUGAAGUACAAUCCAGAUGAGGCUAGAAAUCUGAAGUCAUACGGGGAAUUACCUGAACAUGCUAAAAUCAAUGAUGCAGUUACUUUUGGAGAAGAGGAGGAAGACGAUAACAUCAUUGAAUUUGAUGAAGUUAGUGGAGAGGAAGACAUUGAUAAUAUAUAGAUACCAAAUUUGUGUGCCAUCAUAUUCAACCAGGGAUAUGUUUGAAGAAAAUAUAAUUAUUGAAAUUUAAGAAAACAUUAUUUGGCUUCAAAAUUUGGAUGUAUUGUCUUCUCUAUUAAAAAUCAAGUUUUUUAAAAUA